AUGGCAGCGCUCGGCCACCCCGCCGCCUUCGGCCGGGCCACCCAUGCCGUGGUGCGGGCGCUGCCCGAGUCCCUCUGCCAGCACGCACUGAGGCGCGCCAAGGGCGACGAGGUGGAUUUCGCCCGUGCCGAGCGGCAGCAUCAGCUCUACGUGGGCGUGCUGGGCAGUAAGCUGGGGCUGCAGGUGGUGAAGCUGCCAGCCGACGAGAGCCUCCCCGACUGCAUGUUCGUGGAAGACGUGGCUGUGGUGUGCGAGGAGACGGCCCUCAUCACCCGACCCGGGGCGCCGAGCCGGAGGAAGGAGGUUGACAUGAUGAAAGAAGCAUUAGAAAAACUUCAGCUCAAUCUAGUAGAGAUGAAAGAUGAAAACGCAACUUUAGAUGGUGGAGACGUCUUAUUCACAGGCAGAGAAUUUUUUGUGGGCCUUUCCAAAAGGACAAAUCAACGAGGUGCUGAAAUCUUGGCCGAUACUUUUAAGGACUAUGCGGUCUCCACAGUCCCGGUGGUUGAUGCUUUGCAUUUGAAGAGUUUCUGCAGCAUGGCUGGGCCUAAUCUAAUCGCAAUUGGAUCCAGCGAAUCUGCGCAGAAGGCCCUAAAGAUCAUGCAACAGAUGAGUGACCACCGCUAUGACAAACUUACUGUGCCUGAUGACGUGGCCGCCAACUGUAUAUACCUAAAUAUCCCCAGCAAAGGCCACGUCUUGCUACACCGCACCCCAGAAGAAUAUCCAGAAAGUGCAAAGGUUUAUGAAAAGCUGAAAGACCACAUGCUGAUUCCCGUGAGCCAUUCUGAACUGGAAAAGGUGGACGGGCUGCUCACAUGCAGCUCGAUUUUAAUUAACAAGAAGGUAGACUCCUGAGUCGAAGUCCCCCCCACCCCCCACCCCGUAGCCGGCAAUACCGCACUCACAAGGCCAAUGACUGUCCCACUCCUGUUGUGUUCAUUGACAAUCUACUUUGCCACUGUGCUAUUAACCCUGGUUUACAAAAAGUCUCCUAAGUUUGCUUCGCUCUGCACCCUCCCCUUCCUCCCCUUGCCGUGGUACCUAAACUGUGGGUUUUGCUAAAUGAAUUAAACAAUCUAGAAAAUA